GGAUUGGCCCUUAUUUGACAGCUGGAAACGUUCGGCAUUGAAUAAAAACACAUUUCCAGAAAGACGACCGUUGGAAACCGCCGCCGAUGAAGCUUUAGUAGUAAAGCUUAAAAGAUUCUCCUACCAACCGGAAGCUCGGAGCCGCGCAACUUGCAACUUGCAACUCGAAAACAGCUAUAAACAUUAUACGAUUUCCGCCACUACUAUCGCUACUAAGGUCACCAGUUUCGCGAGAUCUGUCAACAAUACAAUAUGCAGCAACAUCCAAAUUACGGCCACUCUCCGCCGCUUCACCAUCCCGUACCCCAGCAUGUCUCUACAGUUCCACAGCUACGAUCGCCUCCGCCGCUGACGUCGUCACAACCGCAGCAGCAAGGGGUGUAUGGCAACCCCUAUCAGCAAGGCACACCCGCGAGCGGCACCAAUGUCUUCGGCGCCUAUGGAAACUUCAUGAAUGAUCCGAUGGCCGCGCAAUUCGUUGGACAAGUUGGUCAGAAUGCCUUUAAGCACGUCGAGCAAAAUAUGAACCGAUGGGUUAACUUUUCCGCCCUCAAGCACUACUUCAACGUGUCGAAUAAAUAUGUUGUCAACAAGCUCUUCCUAGUACUCUUCCCCUGGCGACACAAGCCUUGGUCACGAAGGCAGACUGUCGGGCCUAAUGGACAGGAAGGAUGGUACCUACCACCGCGAGACGAUAUAAACAGCCCCGAUAUGUACAUCCCAGUCAUGGCACUUGUCACGUACAUCUUAUUGUCGACUCUAAUAGCAGGACUACGGGGACAGUUUCAGCCCGAGUUGCUAGGAUAUACGGCCUCUACGGCGGGAGUUGUUGUCAUUCUUGAGAUAUUGCUCUUGAAGCUAGGGUGCUACUUUCUAAGCAUAUCAAACGAGUCUCAGCUUCUCGACCUAGUGGCCUACUCGGGAUACAAGUUUGUCGGUAUCAUCGUGACUGUUGCUAUCGCAGAGCUCAUGAACGGAGGCAAGGGAACUGGCGGCUGGAUCGGAUGGACCGUGUUCCUAUACACGUUCCUAGCGAAUUCCCUGUUUUUGAUGCGAUCACUAAGAUACGUUCUUCUUCCGGAAAGUUCUGGAGGGGAUGCGCGAGGCCCAAUGCAGACGGAUACCCGGACAAAACGAAAUCAGCGAACCCAGUUUUUAUUCGCUUACUCGUAUCUCAUACAGCUUUUGUUCAUGUGGAUUCUUAGCAGAGGCUAGAUACACCCGCCAGGUUCUGUCGAUAACUCCAUGGGGUUAUGAGGGUCGGAUCACUUCAUUUAUAGGAGAAGCUAUGAGAACCUUUGCCAUGUUCGGGGCCACCGUUAUGUGGAAAUGCCCGAGACGUCUAACUCUCCCGCUGAAUUUAGCCAAGCAUACUCCCAGGGGAGUUUACCGAAGCGAGACGGAAUGGGAUGGCUAAGGAAUCCAUAUGGCAAUUAAAUUCAUCGUCUGGAGAUUUCGGGUGCUCUGUUGUGCAGUAUUAGACGAUAUUGUGCGGCAGUUCCUUCGUGAUGAUGGACUGAAGAUGAAAUAGGGAUACAUGACACGGCAUUUAAUUGGUUGAUCCCUUAAUCAUCUAGGUAUAUAGUAAGGAUAUAUAACCUUGGGACUGUGUAAAUCUGGACUUUGCCAGAUUCGAUAAACUAAACACCUUAGAACCU